CUGGAGGGGUAGAGCGGCAGUAUUUAUACGGUGUAUGUCUGGAGUUGUUUUGAAGCUAGAAAAACAGUCGGCUCUGUCUGUACACCUGUUAUUAUUACUGUAGCCAGUUUCAGUUAAGGUAGAAUGGCGUGGACGGCCGUGGCGGACGCGAACGCCGGGGGAUUCGGGGUCGGGGCCGCCGGAGUGGGGCAGGUCCUCGACGGCUCCAACCCGGCCAUCGUCCGGCUCCGGCAGCUCGUCGACGGGCCCCAGUCCUCAGAGGGGUGGAGGCGGUGCUGGGAGCAGGGCGUGACGCCGUGGGACCUGGGCGAGCCCACGCCGGCCGUCGUCAAGCUGGUGCAGUCCGGCACCCUCCCCGCCGGCAACGUGCUCGUCCCGGGAUGCGGCGGGGGGUACGACGCGGUGGCCCUGUCCGGCGGCGGCCGCUCCGUGGUGGGUCUCGACGUCUGCGACGCCGUCAUCCAGAGGGCCAGGCAGCGCUCGUCGGACGUGGCCUUCGUCUGCGCCGACUUCUUCACCUGGUCACCACCGGAGCCGUUCCAUCUCAUCUUCGACUACACAUUCUUCUGCGCCCUUGACCCGUCGCUGCGGCCAGCGUGGGCGGCGAGGAUGGAGGAGCUGCUGCGGCCGGACGGAGAGCUCAUCACCCUCAUGUACCUGCCUCAAGACCAGGACUCGGGGCCACCAUACAACACGACAGUGCACGACUACGAGGAGGUGCUGAACCCCCUGGGCUUCGUCAUCCAAUCCAUCGAGGACAAUGACGUGGCGGUCGAGCCACGCAAGGGGCUGGAGAAGAUAGCAAGGUGGAAGAAGACGGCAGCUGGAGCCGAAACGUCGACAUCAGACGUGCCCUCUGAUAAUCUCUAGUUUCCUUUAAAGAUUAAUUUUAAGGUUUUUUCUUUCCCUUAAAAGGUUACAGUGGAGAGGCAUGUCAUGACACAACACUUCUUAUUAUAGUUACUUAUAAGGUCAAUGUAUGGUUAUCAUGUUAAUGGCACAUUUUAAACAA